ACAAAGCGUCAGUUUUGUGUACAAGCGGUUUAUUUUAUUUUUAAAAGUACGUUGUAGUACCAAGUAAAAACAGUGUUUUAGUGUUGAUUAUUAGCAGUUUACCCUAAAAAACACUCCAUAAUCAUGGAUGUGGACGAUGAGAUUGUUGAUGAUCCUAUGGAAAUAGAAGAUACAGUGGCAGCUCCAAUAAUAGAACGUAGUAAGGAUGAUUUUUGCGAAAUAUCACCAAUAAAAGAGCCCGAAACAAACGAGAAUCAACCAGAGGAACCAUUAAGUAGCAAUGUAUCUGAUGUUGCUGUAGUAACAGAAAGUUUAAACAAAGAUGAAGAUGUAGUUGUUUUAUUGGAUGAUGAUGAUGAAGCGGAAACAGAAAAAGCUGAAAGCGAAGCAGACACAAACAAAAUCGAUGAUAACACAAACGAAAUAAUUGUUGGAGAGGUGCAAACGAUAGAUUUGAUUCCCCACAGCAGCAGAUGUUUGAACACAGUUUGCGAAAGCACUUGCGGAGAGUAUGUUAGAGCCCCAAACUUCUGUUUGUCGUAUUUUAGGGUUAAGCAGAGUAAAAGUCACAAAGAAGAGAUUUGUAAGGAUUGUUAUGACCAAUCAAUCCUUGCUUAUGACAAACUAGCAAACAACUUGCAGAAUGGCGAGCUAAUACUAAACGUUGAUUUGCCAAUAAUAAACGAAACGUUGCAAAUUGAAGAUUCCGAUGAGGAUGAAGGCGAAGAAGACGACAAACUCGAAUAUUUGGAUGAAGAAAAUUUCGACUUCAUCAAAAAUAACAUCGACGAUAUAAUCGCCGAAACUCUCAAAAAAUACGAGGCCGAGAAUCAUAUGACAAGAGGUCAGAAAAAGUUGGAGGAAGCAUCUCAAAAAACGGAUGAAGACAUAUCGGAGCUGUCGACAACGGUGAAAGAUGUGAGGGCGCAGUUGGAUAAAAUUCAAUUGGAUCUGUAUAACCAGUUCAGGCCGGAUUUGAGGGAAUUGAAAGCGUUAUCGAUUAUCGAUGAUUCGAGUAGCAGCGUUGGGACUAUAGUUAGAGUUGAACACGGAACACCGAUGCGCCAACCGCAAAACCACAUCCAGCCGCAACAAAAACAACAACAGCCGCAACAACAACCGGCCGCGACUCAGCAGCAGCAAGCGCCCGCCCAAAAAGCGCCGGGCGUCGCCGCCCCCUCGCCGUCGUCGCAGGCGGCGCAGCGCAAGAGCGCGCGCGCGCACAAGCCCGUCUCGUACGCCGAGAUGGACGACCCGGGCAACUCGAACAGCCCCGUGGUGGCAGGCGGCGCGGCCGCCGACGAGGCGCCGCCGCCCAAGAUGGACCCGCCCAAGGAUCUGCCGGCGUUCGGCGCGGUCGAGAAGCCGCCGCCCAAGGUGGGCAUGAUCUUGUACAUCUACCGGCAGGUGAACCCGGCCGGGUCGUGGAUCAGGGCCCGCCUCAUGGGCAUCAUACCGCCAUGCACGGAACACGAAGGAACGAUCUACGCCGAGCAAAUGUACCGGCUAACCGAACUGAAGCAGCAAAAAGACCGCCUCGUGAGCGGCAAGCAGAUCGCCUACAUGACCCCGUGCGCGGUGCGCCUCAGCAUCGGCACGCGCGUCCUCUCCGUCUUCAAGGAGGACACGAAAAAGACGCGCACCUACCCGUACUACCCGGGCGUGGUGGGCGAGGCCCCGUACGACGGCAACAAGUACCGCUACCUGAUCUUCUUCGACAUCGGCUACGCGCAGUACGUCGACUUCCAGGACGUGCACCUGAUAGUCGAGGUCAGCAAGAACGUGUGGGACGACAUGAACCCCGAUUCGCGGCCCUUCAUCAAGAAAUAUCUGGAGAGUCAGGACAGGCCGAUGGUCAAGUUGGCCAAGGAUCAGACGGUCCGCACCGAGUACAACGGAAAGUGGUGGCUUUGCACAGUAAUAAACGUAGAUUGUUCGUUGGUGCGGGUUUACUUUGAACAACUCAAUAGAAUGGAGUGGAUUUACAGAGGUUCGACAAGAUUGAGUCCCAUGUUUAGGGAGGAGCAGGCGGCUACGAACCGGUUGGGAGGACUUAGGACUUCCAGAAAAGCUGGACCGAAUGAGUCGGCCACCGUGGUUCAGUACACGAGACCGAACGACUUUAACGCGACUUCUCCCGAGAAGGGCGCAGAAAAUAAGGAAAACAAGGAGAACGUUCGAGCGGUGGCGAGAAAAAGUACCACGAGACCCCAAAUCACGAUGCCGCAAAACAACAUCGUGCCGUUUUUGCCCAGCAUGAACAAGACUUCCAACAACGUGGCCGGGCCCACAUCAAAGAUAAUGUACUUCACGCCGCGCGACCAAGUGAUCACCAAGCGCGUGUACAAGCCGCACACCUGCGGCCCGCGCUGCCGCGACUUCCUCACGCACAACAUCAACAAGCUUCGAGGGCACAACCCGCUCUCGAAGCCGCUGCUGUGCGGCUGGGCGCGGCUCACGUCGCGCGCGCGCGGGCGCAAGGACAUCGUGUACAAGGCGCCGUGCGGCCGCUCGCUGCGCAACAUCGCCGAGGUGCACUACUACCUGCGCGUCACGCGCUCCGAGAUGACGGUCGACCUGUUCGACUUCAACCACAUGGUCAGGUGCCUGGCGGAGUUCAGCGUCGAGUGCAAGCCCGACCCCGUCGACCUCUCCAAAGGUUUGGAACAAGUUCCAAUCCCAGUGAUCAAUGGAGUCAACAAUGACAUGCUUGAUUUUUGCAACUACUCCACGAAACGCGUACCCAUGGAAGGUGUCCACAUAAAUUUAAACACCGAGUUUCUCUGCGGUUGCGACUGCGAGGACGACUGUAUUGAUAAGACUAAAUGCGCAUGCUGGCGCCUCACUCUGGAAGGAACAAAGUACAUGGGCAAAGAUGUGGAUCCCUUGGGUAUCGGUUAUAUUUACAGGAGAUUGGUGGAGCAAGUUAUCACAGGCAUUUACGAAUGCAAUCCUAGGUGUAAAUGCAAUCAGACGUGUUUGAAUCGCGUCGUUCAGAAUCCCAUGUCGCUGAAACUGCAAGUUUUUCGCACUCACAACAGAGGUUGGGGUAUCAGGUGUUUGAAUGAUGUUCCUCAAGGUACUUUUAUCUGCAUUUAUGCUGGUACCCUUCACACUGAGCAGAUGGCUAACGAGGACGGCAUGGCGUACGGCGACGAGUACUUCGCCGAGCUCGACUACAUCGAGACGGUGGAAAAAGUGAAGGAAGACUACGAAGCCGAGGCGAUGGAGACCGACGACGAGGACGACGAACCGGCGACCAACAAGUCGGGUGGCCGAGCGUCGCCGGAAGAGUACGAGGAGCCGCCCGAAGCCCCCCGAGCGCAGGUCAGGAACCGUCGCUACAGCGACGACAACGAUUUCGUCACCAGCGCCAAGUUGUCGGCCGACAGUAGCGGGAUAAGGUCGAGACUUCGCAGAAGGAACAACGAUGACGAUGAAAAGGAUUUAAAGGAUUCGAAGGAUUCAAAGGAGUCGAAGAAAAUCGACAUAGUAAAACAAGAAUUCAUUAGCAAAUCGGUGGAAACCCUAAGUGUGGAAAUCGAUACCGUCACUAUUAGUGACGACGAGGACGAGGGAAGGGAAGUGCUCAGUUUCAACCCGAAAUCCGGGACCGAUUUGGACGAAAAAUCCAAAUACAACUCCGUUCGAGAUCUUUUCGGUCCGAGCGAAGAAGUCUACAUCAUGGAUGCCAAAAAUGCCGGAAAUAUCGGAAGAUUCCUGAACCAUUCUUGCUCGCCCAACGUUUUCGUGCAGAACGUGUUCGUUGACACGCAGGAUCCGAGGUUUCCGUGGGUGGCGUUUUUCAGCUCCCAAUUUAUCAGGGCCGGCACCGAAUUAACUUGGAAUUACAACUACGACAUCGGCAGCGUACCGGGCAGAGUCCUGUACUGUCAUUGCGCCUCUUUGGAGUGCAAAGGCAGACUUCUUUAAGAUAUUUUGCGAAUAUUUAGGCAUCUAACGAUUUGCUGGCCCAAGAGUUUUAUAAAAGUAAAAUCUUGUGCCCAAACGAUUUUUUUAAUCAGGGGCAUUUCCAGGAUUUUUGGAUAUGAAUUCUAUAAAGAAAUGUCGAAUUAUUAUAGUUAAAUCGUCAUUUAAAAUAAGAAUUGGCAUUACAUCUUUUAUGGUUUGAAAUUUUGCAUGUAAGAAUGAGAACAUUUAUUAUUUUUUUAAUUGUUUGUUCUGGUUCAUGGUUUUAAUAUUCCAAAAAUCCAAUUUGUAUUUUUUAAAUUAAUUUAGUAAAAAUACAUUUUAUAAAUGUAUUAUUUAUUUAAGUCUCCAUUAAUAAAAACCUAGUUUAAUUUGUAUAUUUAUGUGAUUAAAUAAACAGGAAUUCCUAAUAA